GUACAGUGUUUAUGAUAACAAUCAAUAAAUAGUGACUAUUUUCAUUCGAGAUGAUACUCUUCAUCUCGUUCAACAGAUAAAAAAAUGAAGUUUACAAAGACUGAAAGGAAAGGAUUCACAGCUAUAAAACGGAGGGAUAACACUCUGAACCCCAAUCUUCUGACUCCAAAUUCUUCUUUCAGUUUUAAGACAGAGCAUACAUAUUAAAGCAGAUGGUAAGUAAAUUAAAUCAUUGCCAGAACAUUAAUAACUUAAGUAAAUUUACUUCAGGCUGAAGCUUGUAAGGUUAUCAUUUAACCAAUCUACCACUAUCAAACUUUCUUACAUUGUGACAUAAAAAGUAUGUUACCUUAUGUUAUUACAGCAUCUUCUUAAAAAAAAAAAAACCACUAUUUUCCUGUUUUUCCUCCCUUUGGUUUAUUUACAUUUCAAGCUUUCACCUUUUUUGAACUUUAAGUCUAACUUUACCACUAACCAUUCAAUACAAAAAGGUUGAAGUUUUCUACAAACAUUAUUUAACCCUCAAAUGGGGUUUGCGGACAGAAAGGUCAGUGUUACACUCAGUUUACACAGGAGGUAACUCAGUAAGGUUAAAUGUCCAAAUCCAAGCGACAGAAGUAGUCAGUCUUUCUGAUUCUAAAUCCUACGCUAAGAUUAUAUCGUCGAGGCUUCUUAAAGUUAAGAAUGAGUGGCUGGGUGAGAAGCUACUACUAAUCACACUAAAAGCAGAUGAUAUUUAAAUAUUAAAAAUGACCACCUUCUAAAAAGUUGAAAAAGCGGCAAGGCACAGGAACUUUUGAUAAUACUGUAAUUUUUAAGAAACGUGGACUGGUCCUGACGAGGUGUGUAAGAUAGGGCUCCAAUGUCCAAAAGACGGGCUUCAGAGCAAACCCAAACCCAAACCCAGUAAAAGAGCCGCACUGACUGGCAGAUUCCACGCGAACCACUAGCCUCCCACGUGUCUUCCAGGAAACGCACAGAGCACGAGGGAUAAAAGAAGCCAAAGAAGGCUGGGGGAAAGGUAAAAACAGCGGCUAGGGCUUCCCUGGGAGACUGAGGGCACACGAAGGGUGGGGCGGGCUGGAGGGAACUCGCGGAGCAUCUGGCGGGCACCGGGGUCCGAGAACAGGCCUGGAAGCAGCACAGGGGAGGCGCUCGUCAGGGGAGCGGGCGGUCCGCGGAGCUCCAACACCGUGGAGCUCCGCAGUGGAUCGGCUCCUGUGGUUUGAAUGGGGGCAGAGGAGGAGAGAGUGCGGAAGAGGAAUGCAGAGAGUGGACGAGACGCUAGAGCAGCGACAGGUGGCCGCGGGUGAGAGUCCGAGAUUCGCGGGGGUGGGGCUGGCCGCACCUGCGAGCCCUCUGAGCCGCCGUAGCCCCGCCCCUCCGCGCGUGGCGCCCCGACGCUUAGCGCGCGGGCCGCUCUCUUUACAGAGGUCGCUCUUGUCCGAACGGGCGGCCUCUGCUGCGCCUGCGUGGUCGGGAGGGGAAGUGAGGCGGUUUCCUCGGCGCCUUUUCCGGCGGCGGCGGCGGCAGAGCUGGGAGGAGGCGGUGGAGGCCGGAGGAAGCCCGCGCUCGGGGCGGCGGCUGGAGGCAGCGCACCGAGUUCCCGCGAGGAUCAAUGACCUGACGGGGCGCCGGAGCCGCGCUGCCUCUCGGGUGGCCUGGGUCGGUGGUGAGCGUGGUGCUCGCGGACCGGGAGCCGGGCCGAAGGGCCGCAGUCUCCCGCGGCGGAGCGAGGAGAAGGCGGAGGAGCGGGAACCGCGGCGGCGCUCGCGCGGCGCCUGCGGGGGGAAGGGCAGUUCCGGGCCGGGCCGCGCCUCAGCAGGGCGGCGGCUCUCCCGGCGCAGACUCAGCGCCCCGGCGGCCGCGGCGACUGGAGAAAUCAAGUUGUGCGGUGGGUGAUGCCCGAGUGAGCGACGGGUCCGGGCCUUUCCCCCGAGGAGGUGACUCCCACGCAGGCCGCACGGGCGUCCUCGCGACUGGGAGGCUCCGUUUCGGUUUCGCGGCGGCGGCGGCGGCGGCGGCGUUGUUGGCGGAGGGGACCCGGGACACCUGAAUGCCCCCGGCCCCGGCUCC